AAAAGGGAUGAGCCGUCAAGCGGGAAAAGAGAACUUGCAGAGACUCUAUGUCACCGCAGCAAUUCUUUAGACAGGCUAGCCAGCUAAUACCUAUGUAUUGGCUAGCAAUGACAGCAUUUCAUGAAGUCCAAGAGGCAAGGAUUGACCACGAACUUGAGUAUUGUUACUCUCUUGACCGGUGGGAGCAUCACGUGACCUCGAAGCAUCGGGUAGACCGCGGGCAAAAGCCAUCGCCGAUUUAUUUUCCUCUGGAGUAGCCAGGAACGCCGACAUACCGCUGGUCGUGCUGUAUCCAGCUCUGUUCGUUCAACGGUGGCCAUGGCGUCCUCAAUGCGACUCUCUGAUUUCCUGUUUUCUACCGCACGGUCACCCGGAGCUGUCUCGCAAUUCCGCUCGCAGUCGAAGCGAUCUCCGGUGCUAUCAUCACAAUGCAGGCUAUUUUCGAAGUCCUUAGAAAGACGCUCACGGGGCGUUAGCCAGAACGUGCCUGUUCGAACACCAGCUCAACCUAGUAUCAGGACACGGACGAGAGAAAUCUCGAGAGCAGACCUGCCGCAAGAUAUCGGUCUUCUUCCAGGAACCUUUAUUCGGCCUCUAUGGCGGGAUAUGCCUUCGAUUUUUGAACAGCCGCGAGAGAGACUGCAGAUGGAAUGGCUCUGGCUAAAAUCCGCCUUCCAAAAUUUUGUGGGUCUCCUAGCAUACAGCAAAUGGAUCAAUAAAGGACUUCCGCUCCGGCUAAAGGAGCGAAGACAGGUUGCUCGGGAGCUUCACAAAGCCAUGUAUUCAGCAUUUGCGGCGGGCGAUGCCGAUACCCUCCGCAAGAUCUGUUGCACAGGCCUCGCAAAUGACUUCGGCUCGCGUAUCACUAAACGCGCUCGAGACGAGAGGGUUAGCUGGAAAUUGGAGAAGUACCUGCGGACUCCAGCGACCUUCUUCACUGGACUCCGCGUUGUUUCGGAUCGUGCCACCCAGAUUCCAGAGCUACCUAAUUCCGGCGUUCGACAGGUUAUCGUACGGAUCACCAGCCGGCAAUCUACAGGCCGUUCCAAACGUGGGGUCAGACCCGCUUCCGACAAUAGGGACGUUGAAAAGGUCAAGCAGCAGGAUUGUACUGAAUACAUCGUCCUGCAGAAAUUGAGGUGGACUGGUGAAGACGAUGACUGGCGCAUUUGGGGUCACGCUGCCCCUACGACAGUGGAUGAUCUUGACAGCCCAUUCUUUGCCUCAGGGUUGACUCUUAGCGAACGUCUAACAGCCAUGAGGGAGACGAUGCAGGGCAACAAGAGGCCGUAAUCCGUCACGAAUUGGAUAUGAAAACAGGACACUUCUAUUAGCAGUAGCCGCACUAGGAAUGUUCCUGCAUUGUCAGGUCUGUUAUCGAGAGCACAAUACAGUGUGUGGAGUUCCAAAGAACGCCAUUAGGGCAGCGGACGAAUAUUC